CAGAUUCGGCUGUGAUUCCCACAAAAAGGUAGAACCGUCUUCAAACAGACAAAGAGUCCAUACCACCACAUGAAGUACAACUAAUAUACAGAAGACUGGUUAAGCUUGUUACGGGAGACAACAAAGAUGGCACACAACAAGGGGUCAUCCCUGUCCAAUGCCCGUGGUCGUGAAAGUUAUGUUGGAAGUGAAAUCAGGGAUUCCAUUUCACUUCUGGAUGUUUUGUACGCAAAUGCAUUUGAAGAAGAGGACAUAGACUCCGCAGUAGCUAAGGAGACCGAGGUAGAUUUUUACAGAGGAGCCCCACCUCAAUGGCUUAACUUCUACUGGGCCGAAAGGGCAACGUCAGCUGAUAAAACAACCCCCUUUAUCAAAAGAGACGGUUACACUGAACUGAUGGAAAAUAUUAAGAAACAGUGUAAGGGUGACCUGACUUCUACCAUGAAUCUGCUGCAUCAGCCAGGCAGCGGAGGAACAACUCUGGCCAUGCAGGUGCUCUGGGACAUGAGGAAAACAAUGAGAUGUGCUGUUCUAACAGGCCCUACCUCAGACAUCACCGCUAUCGCCAAGCAGGUGAUUCACCUUUUCACUGCAGGCGGUCAAGGCCAGCAGAACACUGUGCUCUUAAUGCUGGAAGAUGAGCGUAUUCUGGAGAAUCUGCAGGAUGCCAUCAUCAAAGAGAUUGCAGAGAGAAACAUCACGACCCACAUGCCUGUGGUCAUCCUUUUAAACUGUAUGCGUAAGGCAGUUAUCAAACAAGAGUACCAUAACAAAUCAAGACAUGUUAUUCUCAGGAUGGAACUUUCUGAAGCAGAGAAACAACAGUUUGAGGAGAAACAGAUUGAGAUCAGUCGAAGCUACAUUAAUGAACACAAACAGUUUCAUGGCUUUAACAUAAUGCAAUCCAAUUUUUGCAGAGAUUAUGUUAAAGAAACAUGUGCCUUUUUAGAUGUCAGGAAAAAAAGAAGACCUAAAAAUUCCCAACUUCUUGCAUUCUUAUCACUGGUGAAUGCCUACGUCCCUGGAUCCCACCUUCUGCAGUCUCAAUGUCAGGCAUUCCUUGGUCCUCCAGAUCCCAUUUAUGGAGGACCUUCCUUUGAGCAGCGAAUGGAGCCUUUCACUCAGCUGAUAGUGACAUUCCCUGCACGACAGGGACAAGACAAACAUGUCUGCAUGGCUCACUCACUGAUUGCACAGCAGUGUGUUGAGUUACUGGCUAUGGCAGGUGUGACCAGGAGUGAUACAGCAACGGCAUUUCUGAUAGACUUUUGUGGAGAAGAGGUGCAGCAACAUUUGAUGCCUGUCAUCAAAGACAUGCUAACUAAGAGGGAAAUCACAGUGGACCAUCAGCAGAAUGCAGGAAAUGAAACACAGGAUCUGUUUUCCCAAAAAUGUGCUUUACAAAACAAGCUAACAAAAAGGGAAAUGGGAGAAGAGAGGACAGACACGUUUUCCAGGUUGAUUCACGAUAUUGAAGCCAAAGAAUCCAAAAGCAAUUGUGUAUCUGUUUUGCGAUUAGCUUCAGAAAAAAUCACACAAAACCCAUUUUUUCCUCAAGCUCUUGCUCGUUUCUUUUGCCUUAGGAUGGGGGAAUAUGGUGUAGGAGAGCAGUGGGCAAAAAUAGCAAAAGACAGAGAUCCUAAGAAUUCAUUUGUUGCUGACACUCUAGGGCAAGUAUACAAGACACAUUUAAAGAGCAGGGUCUAUGAUCCUUCAAUCUCUGCACAAGACAUCUUGCAACUGGCAGAAAAGGCCUUUGAGGCUUUCAAAGAUGUGGAAAGGGCUGCUGAAAAUGAGCAAGGAGCAGACAUGCAAGAUGAUGGUAUGACCAAAGUCUCACACAUCUUUAACAACAGAGGACUAUUUGGAUAUCUACAGGUUGCCAACAUUGUUUUUGACUCGCUUGUCUCUCUUGACAAAAACUGGCAAAAGGUCCUUACCAUGGAAAUAUCAGCUGAAUCUUUCUUCAUAUCAAUCAGACAAAAAAAGCUCUUCAAGUACAAGCCACUCAUCAGCAGCCUCAGGGAUGAGGUGGAGAGGAAAUGUGAGUUUUUUGAUGGUUACCUGACGUACUCCAAGCCCAACAUUAAAAAAAAUGAACCGCAUUACUUUCAGACUGAUGUCAAGAACUGCUACCACAAAUAUGUGGGGACAUGCACACCUAUACACUCAGAGUCUGCAAUAGGUGUACCCCUCCAGAAGCUCAAAGAGGAAAUGGCCAUUGCCUUCCCUGGACUGCUUUGCUGUCUUGAUAAGGGCUAUGAUGAAUCUAACUUGAGCCGAAUAACAAAAUUGUGGYAGGAAAUACAAGAAUGUGAAAAAAAGAAAGAUGGUGGUGGUGAGAACAAAGCUGCCCAAAACUUCAUCCUUGCCAACAUCAUCUUAAGCAAAGUGGAAGCAGCAUCUCCAAUGCUUACCCCUUUGCCAAUCCUAAGAAGCAUUCUGGAGAGAAAUCUUUUGGCUAAUUUCGGUAACCAAACUCCAGAGUUUUACCUCUUAGUCCUUUUGCUGUUCUGGCCCGAGGAGCAUAAGAAAAUGGGAUUCAAUAUUGACCUCAACAAAUGUGUUCUGGAGAUGCAAGACUCCUACAACAACACAUACAAGAAGCAUCUUCGCUCAAGGUACCUUCGCCCCCUUAUUUUCCUGGGACGGGGUGAGGGUUUGAGCAGACUGGUUCAUAGAUCAAAAAUAGACAACCUAUUGGCAAGGGAGAAUCCAAUGGCAGGGCCAGAGGAAAGGCCAGACUUUAUAGAUCAAAAGUGGAGCAGUGGUGAGGUGUGGAGAGAACCCAGUGUCCAGGAUCUUCUUCUUCCAGUCAUUGGAGUGGUUAGACAGCAUAGAGUGAUUGCGUGUGUUGAUGGCAAGGAGAUUAAAGUCUGUGCCGACCAACGAAGCAAGGUUUGGAAGCCUGGAGACGUCUGCUUCUACCUAGGCUUCACCAUUAGAGGUCCUGUGGCCUAUGGCAUACAGUACCCAUCCCAUCACGGACAUUUCUUUCAUUCAGAUAGGAUGACAGGGGGGGUACCUCGUAAAAUGUUGGAAGUACCUGACAUCAAAUCGAUCAAAGACGGACCUGUGAGAAGUUGCACAACCUGUGCCAAUGUCAUGGAAUCUACCAACUGGGUUCAGGUUGAACCUGCGGUCUUCACUGAAGAAGGCCCAAUGUUCAGCAUGUCUCCCCUGGGGCGCUACGAGUGCAGAGUAUCAGGGCUCCGGUGGGUAUGUAAAGACCAUGUCAAUCUGAAGUAUCAAUUCAGCUCCUGGGAACCUCACAGUGCAAUGAUGAAACGCUUGGGGUACAAGCAAGGAGGUCCCCUAUUGGAUGUCACAAUCGUUGCAGGAAAACUGGAAGAAGUGCAUCUGCCACAUUUUGCCUGUUUCGGCGAUGAUCCCUCCUUUAAAGAGAAAGUGAGAGUUCUACAUGUAGAAGACUGUGGUGUGUCCYUAGAACAAGUGGAUGAAGUCACCCGCUUCCACGUCAAGAUCSUCCAUCCAWCCUUCUCUCCAAAAGGAGUUCUCGUGAGAUCUGGCUUUCCGGUGAAAGCCCACUGUGACUUGCWGCUSUACKAGGCCAAGYCAGCAUUCCUCACGCUACAUGCAUAUCUGGUGCCCUGUGAUUCUUCUGUAGAACAGGCAAUGAAGAAAAAGGAGCAGUCUUAUGGAUACAGGAGUAUCAGAAAGCCGCAGCCAGUCAAGUCCCUUCGGAUGAAGGAUUGGUUCAGCCUCACAACGUCUCCUUCUGCUGAAGUUAAACCUCCUAAUAUGAAGCUGAGAUAUGACAACACCAAACCAAACUUCUUUGAGGUGUUCAUAAAAGAUGCAGAUGUUGACUUCAGUAUGKAGCUAAUCAGUGACGUGGAGGGGYAAAUCGUKUGGGAUCACACAAUACGAAGAGCCGACUACAGAGACGAAAGGACUCAGAAUUCACAAAGUAAGCAUUUUGUGGACCUCCACCGGACAGACCUGAUCCAGAGAGUGAGCGAGGUAGACCCCAUCUUGGACAGACUCCUGAAGAGUGGAGUCAUCACUGKCAAUGGCUACAGUGACGUGAGAUCUGAAAGAACCAAACAGAAGAAGAUGAGGGAGCUCUUUGAUGGGCCCCUGACAGGAUGUGGCCCCAAAGGCAAAGAUAUUUUCUUAGAGAUCCUGAAAGAGCAGGAGCCAUUUCUAAUCAGAGAAUUGAAGGGUGAAUGAGAAGCUGGGGAGGUGAAUACAUUUGAAGUUUAAUUUUAGGGGAAAGGACACGGAUGACAGACUCCUAGAGGGGAGUCAUUGCUGACGAGGGCUAUGAUAAGUUGAGGGCUAAAUGCACCACCCAGGACCAGAUGAGGGCGCUCUACUCAGGACCAACAACGUCAAGGAGCACCAAAGACACUUUCUAUGUCAUCCUGGAGGUGCUGGCGUCAUCCCUGAUCGAUGAACUAUUCAUGGACAAACCACCUAUAAUCAAUGAUAGGUGAAUGAAGGGAGGGGGGCGAAGUGUUUCUAAAAAGGGGCAGAAAACUUUCUCUUUGUUUCUUUGUGUGUUCAUGACUUUGUGAAAAUAAUCACAAAUGUUUCAAAUAAAACACAUUGUUUUAUGGAGGGUUGGAGUUUGAUUAGAAUUGUAUUUAUUUAUUUAGAGACAACAAAAUAUAUAAAGGAUAGAUUUUUAAGAAAAUACAAUGAAAAGACGAUAAAGAAAAAUGUAAUGACUUAAUUUAGGCAACUAUGUGAAUGCCAAGUCAGUGAUGGUAAGGAAUACCAGUGAUCAGCAUGUCAAUCAAAAUACAAAUAUAUAACAUUGUAAAUCUUUAUUCAACAGCAUAUAACAGCUUAUAAUUUAUAAAACAUUGUUUCUAUCAUCCGUACUGGGCAGGCAUGUCCUCCCAAGCAUCAAUAUGACUAACUCUUACGAGUGGCUUUGUUUGUGUCUUGUAAAGUAUUGCAUUAAAGCAAACCCCCUGCCACA